AAAUAGUCAGAUUUGUUGGCAACUUGAUCGAUGCGACUAUAAAUACAAGGCACCAGCCAGAGAAAAUAACCAGCAGAAGACAAUUAACCCACUUUAUCUGUUGAGGUUAAUCAUAAAUCAACAACAUGGGUGCAGGUGGUCGGAUGUCGGAUCCAACAGCUGAAAGCAAGGAUGAUAUCCUAAAACGUGUCCCGAUUGAUCCACCAUUCACGCUAAGUGACCUAAAGAAAGCGAUCCCGGCCCAUUGCUUUGAACGAUCUGUCAUCCGUUCAUCGUACUAUGUUGUUCACGAUCUCAUCAUUACCUACGUCUUCUACUACCUUGCCAACACAUACAUUCCACAAAUUCCUGCUCCACUAUCUUACUUAGCAUGGCCCGUUUACUGGUUUUGCCAAGCCAGCAUCCUAACCGGGUUAUGGGUCAUUGGUCAUGAAUGCGGUCACCAUGCGUUCAGUGAGUACCAAUGGAUAGAUGACACUGUUGGCUUUUUCCUCCAUUCGGCCCUGUUCACCCCUUAUUUCUCUUGGAAAUAUAGCCACCGAAAUCACCAUGCCAACACAAACUCACUCGAUAACGACGAAGUUUACAUUCCUAAACGCAAGUCCAAGGUAAGAAUUUACUCAAAGGUUCUCAACAACCCGCCGGGUCGAGUGUUCACUUUGGUCUUUAGGUUGACCUUGGGAUUUCCUUUAUAUCUUUUGACUAAUAUUUCCGGAAAGAAAUACGGAAGGUUUGCCAACCACUUUGACCCCUUGAGUCCUAUUUUCACGGACCGUGAAAGGAUUCAGGUCGUGGUAUCCGACAUUGGUAUUCUAGGCGUUAUUUACGCAGUUAAGCUUCUCGUGGCCGCAAAAGGGGCCGCGUGGGUAUUGUGCAUGUACGGAAUCCCCGUGAUAGGAGUCCACGUCUUUUUCGUCUUGAUCACAUAUUUGCAUCACACCCAUCUUUCCUUGCCUCAUUACGACUCGACCGAAUGGAACUGGAUCCGAGGGGCCUUAUCGACCAUCGACCGUGACUUUGGAUUCCUAAACAGGGUUUUCCAUGAUGUGACACACACUCACGUGUUGCAUCAUUUGAUCUCAUACAUUCCACAUUAUCAUGCAAAGGAGGCACGGGAUGCAAUCAAGCCGGUGUUGGGUGAGUUUUAUAAGAUCGAUAGGACCCCGAUUUUCAAAGCUAUGUAUAGAGAGGCCAAGGAAUGCAUUUACAUCGAGCCGGAUGAGGAUAGCGAACACAAAGGAACCUACUGGUACCAUAAGAUGUGAUCAUAAAAUAUAUGGCCCAAAUUAAUAUAAUUAAUUGUACUAUGCUUAAUUAUGAUCGAUGUACUGUAUUUACUAUUCCGUACGUGUAAUAAACUAUCGUAAUGUAAGUGUUUACGGGUUGUGUUUGACCACCCAACUUUAAUUAUUA